AAAAAACAUAAAUGCAUGAGACAAAAAACACUUAGACCCAUAAUAUAUACUCCCUUCUUAUCAUUCAUGUUCCAUUGACUACUCAUCAUCAGCUUCGCUUCAAUUCAAUUCACAGAAUGUGAUCACUGAAUAAUGCACCAAAAUAUGCUUACCCUUUACUUCUUUUUCAAGAAUGCAACACCAAAAAAUGUGAUAUAUCAGAUUUAUAUAUACACUUAGUUUGACAUUUUAAGCAUAAUUUUGAGGUUGGGUUGAGUAUAAUGGGUACAAUUGAUGAUGUGUCGCGAGAGGCUGGAGGCUGUGAAGAGAGAAUUUUAGUGUCGGUGCGGCUAAGGCCUUUGAAUAAUAAGGAGAUUUUCAGAAAUGAUGUUUCAGAUUGGGAGUGUAUUAAUGACACUACCAUUAUUUACAAGAAUGUUAAUCUUUCUGUGUCUGAACGCUCUAUGUAUCCCUCUGCCUAUAGCUUUGACAGGGUAUUUAGGCCUAAUUGCUCCACAAGACAGGUAUAUGAAGAAGCAGCUAAAGAUGUUGCUCUUUCGGUCGUUAGUGGAUUCAAUUCAAGCGUAUUUGCAUAUGGCCAAACAAGCAGUGGAAAGACAUUUACUAUGACUGGUAUAACUGAAUAUGCAAUAGCAGACAUAUAUGACUAUAUUCAGAAGCACGCCGAGAGAGACUUUAUCUUGAAGUUCUCUGCUAUGGAGAUUUACAAUGAAUCUGUCAGAGAUCUCCUAAGUGCAGAUAGUACUCCUCUUAGACUUCUAGAUGACCCUGAGAGAGGGACAAUUGUUGAGAAACUCACAGAGGAAACAUUGAGGGACUGGAACCAUGUAAUUCAGCUCCUUUCUAUUUGCGAAGCUCAGAGACAGAUUGGGGAGACUGCACUAAACGAGACCAGCUCCAGAUCUCACCAAAUUAUCAGACUGACAAUUGAAAGUUCUGCUCGUGAGUAUUUAGGCAGGGACAACUCCAGUACUCUUUCAGCUACUGUGAAUUUUGUUGAUUUAGCUGGAAGUGAGCGUGCAUCUCAGUCCUUGUCGGCUGGGGCAAGGCUGAAAGAGGGCUGUCACAUUAAUCGCAGCUUGCUGACCUUGGGCACUGUGAUACGUAAGCUAAGCAAGAGUAGGAAUGGUCACAUUCCUUUCCGAGAUUCAAAGUUAACUCGGAUAUUGCAACCGUCAUUGGGUGGCAACGGUAGAACUGCCAUCAUCUGUACGAUGAGCCCUGCACGAAGUCAUGUUGAACAAUCAAGGAACACUCUUCUGUUUGCAAGUUGUGCAAAGGAAGUAACUACUACUGCCCAAGUGAACGUAGUCAUGUCAGAUAAAGUGUUAGUGAAGCAUUUGCAGAGGGAGUUGGCGAGAUUGGAGAGUGAGUUAAGGAGUCCUAUACCUUCUUUAUUCCCUUCAGAUUAUGAAGCAUUACUGCGAGAGAAGAACAAGCAAAUAGAACAGAUGGAGAAGGAAAUAAAGGACUUGACUUUGCAGCGUGACAUUGCUCAGACUCAAGUUAAAGAUAUGCGACAACUGCUUGGAGAUGAUGCAAGUUUAUUGAUGCAGGUUGGUUUAGCAAACUACCCAAAUCUGCGUGUGCGGAGAUCACCAGAUUAUAGAAGCCGGAUGCAAGUGUCCAUUUUGUCAGACACCCCAUCUAUCGAUGCUGAUGUUAGAACAUGUUCAGAUGGACAUAGCAGGAGUAGCUCUGAGGACCAAAUUAUACGCGUGCCAGAGUUUGAAGAGAACUUUCUCCAUAACAGUUCAUCUCCAAGGUUAUUAGCCGGCAGUUCAAAUUAUAGUGAAAGUGAUUCAUGUGAAGGAUGGGAUGAGAUUGAAAAACAAAGUAAUGGAACUUCAGAAGACCUAUUCAAGGAAGUUCAUUGCAUUGAAACCGAGGAAUCAAGUGUGAAGGGAAAACAAGAAUCCAAUUUUCCAUCUCCCGAAGAAAGCAGUAGAUAUCCAGCUGAAAUGACAGCAGAAUAUGGAGACAGAGCUGAUAAGGAAACAAUAUCACCUCCGGCUGAUGACCAUAGAAGAUCAGUACCCCCUUCACUCAAGGAAGCUGGAGAAUUGACAUUGUUACCCUGUAAAGAAGAGCAGGAAUUUGUUGCAUUACCAUCUUUUGAGGAAGAAAGGAAAUCUAAUGAAGAUGCAUUGUCACUUUCCUCGAAGGAUCUCCAAACCCCUGAAUCACCAAAGUUCACUGACAGUAGAAAGUCAGUACCAUUGGCACUGAAGGAAGAAAAAGCAGAGAAAGAAGAAAAAGAGUUGGUGUGCACAUUUGACGCUCCUUCUCCAGCAAAUUUAUCCUCACCAUGUGAGCUCAUUGGCGAUUCACCACGCUCAAGAAACUUGAAAUUGUGUAGAAGUAGAAGCUGUAAAGCUAUCCUAAUGGCUGAUGCAUCCUCUCCAUGUUUUGAGGAACUCACCACAAAGGAAAAUACUCCGCCAUCUGGGUUAGAAAGAAAUUUCAACGCAAGACCAAAGGGUUGGGAAAUCAAAAUUUCUCCCUUGAACUUUACCUCUGAUGUGGAGGACUCUCCAGAGAAAGGCUCCACCGUUUAUGGCGAGGUUGCUGUCAAUAUUGGGCUUGAAGUGUCAAAAGGGGAAGAUACAACUAAUGAGAAUGUCAAGGAUGUAGAUGAUACAUGUGAUGCAGGGAACAGAGAAAACGAUGAGCCUCAGCCCGAAAAAGAGGUUAGAGAAUGCCCUGUUCAUGAGGCUGAACCAGAGCAUCAAAAACUGUCAAAGUGUGUCAGAGAUGUCGGUCUGGAUCCAAUAGAAGAUGAACUCAAAAAUCUUUCCAGCUGGACCUCAGAGUUCAAGAUACUACAGAAAGAGAUUAUGGAACUUUGGCAUGUUUGCAACAUUUCCCUCGUACACAGAACAUAUUUCUUCCUUCUUUUCCAAGGUGAUGAUCCUAAGGAUGCUGUAUAUAUGGAGGUCGAGAUCAGAAGACUGACCUUCCUCAACAACAUAUAUUCGCGUGGAGAGAAAACUGUGGUCAAUGGCAGGACUUUGUCCCUUGCACAAAGCAUGAAAGACCUUCGGCAAGAGAGACGGAUGCUGCGCAAGCAAAUGCUGAGGAAGCUAACAGAAGAAGAACGAGAAAGCCUGUACCUAAAGUGGGGCAUUCGGAUCAAUAGCAAACUUAGGAGGUUACAAUUGGCUCAGCUUUUGUGGAACACGACAGAUAAUACGAACCACAUUGCAGAUAGUGCUUACCUGAUAGCAAAAUUAACCGGAUUGAUGAAGCCAGGGCAGGCUCCCAAGGAGAUGUUUAGUCUUGAUUUUUCACCCAGACCAUCUAGAACUUAUAGCUUCACACGUAGCUUGAUAUCUUCUCUCUUGUGAAAAGCCAGGUCAAUAAUUGAGUUGGAAACACUUGGUGUUCUGAUUUUUAACUGUUAGUGAGUUUGAGUUUUCUUUGUUUGUUUGUUUUUUGGGUGGUGAUCACUGGUGAGAUUCUGAUUGUAAUUGGUUUUGUAGAUUUGUAGAGGAGUCCCAAUUUGAUCUACUGAAUGUAAAAAGAGUGUAACAUACCUACAUCAUAUAUAGACUGGCUAUUCCUCAACUAAGUCAUUAAAAAGAAGGAUUAUAGUGAA